UUUCUGGUCUCAGAAUCUCAUGUACAUGAUAUGGUAUCAAAUUUUCAUGAAGAGUGAACAGAGAGACCAUGGAGAUGUAGCAAAAUAAACAAUAAUCUAAACACGUUCUUAACCAAAUUACAGCCCGGUCUCACAAAGCAUAAUAAUUCCGUUAUUGACAAUCGUCGGAAUCCGGGAUGUGACCACAUCCAUGACCUCGGACGGUGAGAUAGGGGGGAUCACUUGCGAGCUUCAACAAUGUUUAAACCUAGCGAGGGCCUCACUAAGGAGAUGGCUGCUUCUUCAUCUCUCUCAUCUGGUGGCCGUUGGAACUAUGAUGUUUUCCUCAGUUUUAGAGGUCAGGACACUCGCAAGAUCUUUGUAGGUCAUCUCCACAAAGCUCUUGAUCUGAAAGCAAUCAACGCGUUCAUAGACUCUGAAGAUCUGUGCAAAGGCAAUGACCUUUCAGAGCUGCUCAGGGCUAUUGAAGACUCUAGGCUCUCUGUUAUAGUUUUCUCCCAAGACUAUGCUUCUUCCACAUGGUGCUUGAAAGAACUGGUUAAGAUACUUGAAUGCGCGGCAACGAAGAAGCGGUUAGUUGUACCCAUUUUCUAUGAAGUAGAGCCAUCUGAUAUCCGCAAACUGAAGGGGAGCUUUGCGGAGGCUUUCGUGAAACAUGAGCAGGAUUCUAAUGUUGACAUGGAAGAGGUGAAUAGGUGGAAGAUUGCUCUAACUGAGGCUAGCAAUCUAUCUGGCUGGGACUCGCGAAAUUACAAGGACGAUGCCAAGUUUAUUGAUAAAAUUGUAGAAGAUAUUUCCGAAAAAUUAGUCCAUAUUUCGUCCAAUAAAGUCAAUGACUUGGUUGGAAUCGAUUCCCACAUAGAAAAAAUGCGUACACUAUUACGUCUUGGUGAGGAUGACGUGUGUGUUGUUGGAGUAUGCGGAAUGCCUGGUAUAGGAAAAACAACCAUUGCUAGAGCUGUUUAUGACGAAAUUGUUUGUCAAUUUGAACACUACUGCUUUGUUGAAAAUGUCAAGGAAGGUUUCAAAAACAAUGGUGCAAGACACAUGCAGGAAGAACUUCUGUCUAGAAUCUUUGGGGAAAGAGUGCGCUGUAUAGGCGCUUUGAGUAAAGGAUCCAAGAUAAUAAUGGAAAGGCUGAGAAAGAAAAAAGUUCUGCUUGUUCUUGAUGAUGUAGAAAAUGUCGCACAGAUUGAAGCAUUAAUUGGAAAGCAACAUUCAUUUGGCUGUGGAAGUAGAAUCAUUGUAACAACUAGGGAUAUACGAUCACUCGGUGGAGUUGAAGUGAGAUAUAGUCCCACGUUUGUAAGUGAUGAUGAAGCUCUCGAGCUCUUUAUGCAGUAUGCCUUCAGAACAAACCAACCUUCAAGAGAGUAUGAUACUCUCUCAAGGCGUGCCGUAGAAUACGCUCAAGGUCUGCCUCUAGCACUCAAAGUUUUGGGAGCUUUUCUUGAUAACAAAAGUAUAUGUGAGUGGGAAGAUGAGCUAGAGAAACUAAAGGAAAUCCCACAUAUAGAAAUCCAGGGUGUGCUUAGAACAAGUUUUGAUGGCCUGGAUGCUUCACAGAAAGACAUAUUCCUAGAUAUUGCAUGCUUCUUUAGAGGAAUGGAAAAAGGCUAUGUAACCAGAAUUCUGGAAAGUUGUGGCUUCUAUCCCCAUAGUGGAUUGCGAGUGCUAUUUGAUAGAGCUCUUGUGACCAUGACAGAUGACAAUAGGCUGGAAAUGCAUGAUUUAGUAAAGGAUAUGGGUUGGGAGAUCAUCCGACAACAAUGUAUUAAAGAUCCUGGGAAGCGCAGUAGAUUGUGGAUUUAUGAAGAUGUUGUUCAUGUAUUAAGUGAAAAUAUGGCUACAGAUGCAGUUGAAUGCAUAAUGCUAGACUUGUCGAAGUCAAAAGACAUCUACAUAGAUGCUGAAGCUUUUGUUAAAAUGACAAGACUAAGACUGCUGAGAAUCGGUCAUAACCACUCCAUAGAUUUCAAUGUGAGAGAUAUUCAAUCAGAGCAGUUACACCAUCCAAGAGGUGAGUACUGUAAACAACAGGUGAAAGGGGAAGUAAAGUUCCUUUCAAAUGACUUGAGAUAUCUCAUGUGGUAUGGCUGCCCCAUGAAGUCUUUGCCAUCCAAUUUUCACCCCAAGAAUCUUGUUGACUUUGACAUGCGUUAUAGCCGUAUUGAACGACUUUGGGAAGGAAUCGAGCCUUUCAAAAAGUUGAAGUUCAUCAAUUUGAGUCACUCUCAUUACCUCACGAAAACCCCUGACUUUACUGAAGCAACAAAUGUGGAAACACUGGUUCUGGAGGGUUGUUCAAGUUUAUUGGAUGUUAACUCAUCUAUUUCAGCUCUUAAAAACCUUGUAUACUUGAGCCUAAGAGGAUGCAAAGAUCUUGAGAGUCUUCCAAGCAGCAUUUGUUUGAAGUCUCUUAAAACCCUUGAUCUUUCUGGCUGCUCAAGUCUAGUAAUUUUUCCAGAGAUUUCAGGAAUUAUGGAGGACCUAUCAGAAAUUUAUUUAAAUGAGACUGCAAUUGAAGAAUUGCCCUCAUCAAUUGAAAGACUUCAAGGCCUUGUGGUAUUGCACUUGAGGAACUGUAGAAGCCUUGUUCGUCUACCGGACAAUAUCUGUAAUUUGGUGCAUCUUAAAGAUCUCACCCUCUCUGGGUGCUUGAAGCUUUAUCAUCUGCCUGAGAACUUGGGAAAUUUAGAAUCCUUGAUGUGCCUCGAAGUAGAAGGAAGCGGUUUAAGAGGACUCCCAGUCUCUAUCUUAUGUCUGAAAAGGCUGAAAACAUUAUCAUGUGAUGGCUGUAAAGAAAUGACGAUGCCCUUUUCAUCAUGGUCAUCAUCAAUUGAAGAAUAUAAUCGUGGUUACUCUGGUCUGCUGCAUCUUGAUUUAAGUGACAGCAAUCUGUGGGAAUUAUCGGAUGGUAUUGCUCACUUAUCCUCAUUGAAAACUUUGCGGCUGUGCAGAACCAACUUGGAGAGCUUACCCGCAACAAUGAAUCAACUUCGCCGUUUGACGCGUCUUGAACUGGAAGCUUGCAGGAGACUGAAAUCAGUACCAGAGCUUCCAUCAAGUAUAAAUUACAUAGAUGCUCAUGACUGCAGCUCUUUGGAAACUGUUUCAAAACCAGAGACUCGGUGCUCUAUGAAUCUUUGCUUCACAUUUUCUAAUUGCCUCCAACUGGUGCAAACGAACCUAUUCAGAGAAAUUGUGGAAACUCAUUCUCUUUACCAGAAUUAUUAUCAACGUCCGCUUUCCUUUAAUAUGUCUCUUCCUGGAGAUGAAAUUCCUGAUUGGUUCAAUUACAGAUGUAGGGGAUUCUCAGUAACUGUACAGCUACCCCCAAGUUGGUUCGAUAAUAAAUUUUUGGGGUUUGCUAUAUGUGCUGUUAGUGACUUCAAGGGUUCUCAUAAUGACGCAUCUGACCUAUCGUUUUUAUGUCAUUGUUGCUUAAAAGGAAAUCAUGGUCGGUACAGUUUCAGUUUUACUUUGCUUGAUUGGGGUUUCACUAAUGAAAGAAUCCUUGAGUCAAAUCAUAUGUUCUUAGCAUAUGUUCAAUGGUCUGAAUAUCGCUUAAUUGAAGAAGGAAAGCUGGUCAAUGAGCGGUAUUACACUGAGGCCACAUUUGAGAUUGUUGUAGAAAAUAGACAUGUAUUCGGGACAGUAAUGAACCCCCAUUGUAUCACAAGUUGUGGAGUUCGUUUCUUUCAUAGUAAUUACAUGGAAGAGCAAAAUCUAAGCAUCACCGAAUCCAAAUCUCAUCAUGACAGCUGUGAAAGCCUUCCGGUCCGUAGGAGAGGAAAAGAGGGGGCUGGGGUGCAGUUGGAGGAGUCUCCAGCACUGGCGGUACUCCCUGAGCUAGAAACAUUCUCAAGAAGGGAAUGGCCCAUUCCCCCGGAAGGUGACCGGAGCCCUGCUGGCGAGACCAAGAAGAGGCCGGGUAUGAAGGAUCAGAUGGCUUAUUCUUACUAUAUGCGAAGACUGAAUUCAGAGUCAUGGACAGUGGUCUCAGCUGAACUAACUGACUAUGGUGAGGCUUGGAUAAAAUAUGGCGAUAAGAAGCUCCUCGAUGCUGCAUAUCCUAGAGCUUACUUCAGGUGUAUCCACCAGUUAGAUCAAGGUUGCCAGGCAGGCAAACAAAUCCAAAUAGUACAAUACACCCCAAAAAUGUUCCAGACCACCUAUUAUGGAAACCACACGUGCAGAGACAUAGUCAAGGAUCCACAACAGAUCAUGGGGGCCUUUGACCCUUUAAGCCCAAGAAAAAGGCUAAGAACUUAUUUCAGGAGUAUCCACCAGUUCGAGCAAGGAUGCAAGGCAAUCCAACAAGCCCAAAAUGUUCAAGACACCCCAAAAAUGUCCCAAGCUAUCUAUAAUGGAAACCAUACGUGCAGAGAUAUAAUCAAGGAUCAACAACUGGUCAGGCACGCCUCCUACCCUGUUAGCUCAGAGACUGAGUCAACCACAAAUGACAAGAAAAAGGAUCAUCCUGGUGCUCAUCUCUCUAGCUCCUCGUAG